GCCGACGUCAUUUUUGCUUCUUGAACGGAACCGCCGAACCAAAUGAAAGUGAAACGCAUAAGCAUGGGGGGUCCGCUCCUGCGACGGCGAACGCCAUCGGCAUGAAAACGUUAGUUUGAUACAGUCAAACUUACAGAAUCUCUUCUCCAACUCCUUCUAUCUUCGUUGCUCCAGAAUUAGAUCUCGUCCCUUCCUCCCUUUUAAGGACUCAGUCCUAUUUUUACCGGAAAUUAUGUCAGACGCUUUGAUCAAUGGACUGGCCGGAGCUGGAGGGGGAAUCAUCGCUCAACUCAUCACCUACCCUCUUCAAACAGUAAAUACUCGUCAACAAACUGAACGGGAUGUGAAGAAGGAGAAGAGGAAGCUUGGAACCAUUGAACAAAUGUGUCAGGUUGUAAGACAAGAGGGAUGGGAUCGGCUAUACGGAGGCUUGGCGCCGUCGCUGGUGGGCUCGGCUGCGUCUCAGGGUGUUUAUUAUUAUUUCUAUCAAAUAUUCAGGAAUAGAGCUGAAGCUACUGCACUUGAACAUAGUAAGAAAGGAAUUGGUGAUGGAUCAGUUGGGAUGUUCUCAUCACUUGUGGUGGCUGCUCUCUCUGGGUGCUUGAAUGUGUUGUUGACAAACCCUAUAUGGGUAGUUGUAACCCGAAUGCAGACUCACACAAAAAUGUCAAAAAAUUCUCAGCCUAGUCAUGAUGAUGCACCUGCUUCUCUGGAUGGAGCUGCUCUUGCUGCAGUGGAGCCUCCUCCCUAUGGAACUGGCCAUGUGAUUCAAGAAGUCUAUGAUGAAGCUGGAGUUUUGGGUUUUUGGAAAGGUGUUUUCCCGACAUUGAUCAUGGUGAGCAAUCCUUCCAUACAGUUCAUGCUGUAUGAAACCAUGUUGAAAAAGCUAAAGAAAAGACGUGCUUCGAGUAAAAUUGGGGGUAGCCCCAGGGUAACUGCUUUGGAGAUAUUUCUCCUUGGAGCUUUGGCAAAGCUUGGAGCUACUGUUGUGACUUAUCCUCUUCUGGUAGUGAAGUCAAGGCUUCAGGCUAAACAAGUUAUUGGUGGUGACAAAAGGCAUUACUAUAAAGGCACAGUUGAUGCUGCUGUGAAGAUGGUCCGCUAUGAAGGCUUCUCUGGCUUCUAUAAAGGGAUGAGCACAAAAAUCGUACAAAGUGUCUUGGCUGCUGCUGUUUUAUUCAUGGUUAAAGAAGAACUUGUCCAGGGAGCUCAGCUGUUGUUUACAAAGAAUGCCAUUAACAAAGCAAGAGCAAAGCCUCCAUGAUUGAAAAUACUAUUCUCUUACUCUUUGUUCAGUCUUCCUUGGGCACAAUUUGAUCUUAAAACAGGAUGCUCAAACAGGCAUGGGAUAUAGGAGCCUGGUUGGGAAAAAUAUAUGAUCGCUAGUUCAUCUUGUGCUUGAUUAUGAAUAUUUAUUCCUCCUGUAUAACUGUAUAUUAGCAGGAAGUCUGUCAUUGAUUUGUUGAAAGAAUGAAGACCUAGCAAUUCGGCAUCGGACUACUGUCAUACGAAAGUUGAAACACACCAAUAAUGCAUUCUUAAUUUACUGUCAUGAAAGGUUUGUCUGGGCAGUCCAGUAUCAAUGCAAUGAGAAACAAAGUGGGUACUCAAUAUGCCGUGGAUUAUGUUUGUUUGUUAUUAUAGUGUGUUUGAUC